AUGUCCGAUCAAGAACAAGCUGCUGGAAAGAGAAAGCGUGCGAGGACCCAGUCAUGCCCUCCUCCCGAGCUCCCCCAGCUGGUCGCCGAACAGCAUGUGCCAAUUCCAUCCCAUGAUAAGGACACCCAACGCUUGAUUGUGGUUCUCUCCAAUGCCAGUCUGGAAACCUAUAAGGCUGUCUCCAGCGGACGCUCCGGGACCAAGGAUGAGAAGUUUUCUCUAUUGAACAGCGACGAGCACAUUGGUAUCAUGCGCAAAAUGAACCGCGAUAUCAGUGAAGCCCGACCAGAUAUUACCCACCAGUGUUUGCUCACUCUCCUCGAUUCCCCCGUGAACAAGGCCGGUCGGCUCCAAAUUUUCAUUCACACCGCCAAGGGUGUCUUGAUCGAAGUCAAUCCUUCCGUCCGCAUUCCGAGAACAUUCAAGCGGUUCGCCGGUCUGAUGGUCCAGUUGCUCCACCGACUCUCCAUCCGUUCGACCAACUCGCAGGAAAAGCUCCUUAAGGUUAUUAAGAACCCGAUCACCGACCACUUGCCCCCCAACUGCCGCAAGGUGACCAUGAGUUUCGAGGCGCCCGUGGUCCGCACCAAGGACUAUCUCGAGUCGCUGAACCCCAACGAGAGUGUUGCUAUUUUCGUCGGUGCCAUGGCCAAGGGUCACGAUGACUUUGCCGACUCCUUCAAGGACGAAACUAUCAGUAUCAGCAACUACAGUCUUAGUGCCAGUGUUGCCUGCAGCAAGUUCUGCCACGCUGCCGAAGAGGUCUGGGAUAUCCUCUGA